CUUGUGGGAAAACGGCGGCCCUUGCUUUCGGGUAGCAGACAGCGGCGCAGUGCAAGCGCUGAUGGUGGAUACCGCGUCUUCGCGGAGUUGCCUCGAUUUAAAAGCCCAUGGGCGCUCGAGUUUCCGUGCCGUCGGGAGCCAUUGGUCCGCGCCCCGGAGCGGUGUUUAUUAUUUUUUUUUCCUUGCCGAGUUUCGCUCAGCGCGUCCGCUGCCUGCGCAGCCGUGGUAUCGGGUCGAUACGCGGACGGAGGAGAGAGCUCGCUUGCCGCCGCAUUGGGAACCGCAUCGCAUUCGGUGUGCCGCCGGCGGGGGAUCCUGUGUCCUUUUAAGGGGGUCCCAAAGGUCGUGCCUUAACGGCUCCAGCUGAGGCAUCGUCGUCGCCCGCGGUUCUCGCCAUGCUUACCCCCGUCCGACGAUGCAUCGCCUUCCGAUCGGGACGCGGCGACGAGAUCGCUGCUGGCGAGGCCUCACAGCCUCUCUGCGUGUUUGCGUCCUUACGGGCAGUCUGGAGCUUCGGCCGACUUCUCGGUUGAGCGCGCGGCUAUGCGACUCGACGCGCCGUAGUGGUCCGUAGUUUGUUGUUUGGCGCGGUGUGUCUGCGGUCGACCAUCGUUAGUAGCUGGGCGCUGCUUGCAGUGACCGCCAUGUAGCCCCGUAGUGAUGUAGCUGCAGCAAGCAGUUGUUUUUCCACAUUUCGAUUUGGUGCACCUUCCCAUAGAAAAAGGGCAGCUCAAGAGACGUUCUCUCCGGCGGCAAGAACACACGCCUUCCGUAUACUCCACCAUAGCAAUCCUCCUCCUUGUUGACCGAGUUCUGCGAGAGAAGCAUAGUUUCUGCAUGUUAGAGUUUCUCUACCCUCCUCCCACAAAGCACUUGACUGCUAUAGCCGCUCUCAGCUGACUCGAAGCAGCAUGUCCUUCUUGACUCCAAGUUUGCGCUGGUGUAUGGAAAGCCAGUGGGUUGGCUCCAUCCUCAAGCAGUGCGAACAACAUGACUGUUGCUGUGGAUGUUGUGCGGCACUGCGGCCCCGCUACAAGCGGUUGGUGGAUAAUAUCUUCCCUGCCAACCCUGAAGAUGGCCUCGUGCGCAACAACAUGGAGAAGCUCACAUUCUAUGCGCUCUCCUCACCUGAGAAGCUGGACCGCAUCGGCGAAUACUUGGCACUACGGGUGUCACGUGACAUCUCGCGCCACCGGCUCAAGUAUGUCGAGAUCUCCAUGGAGGCCAUGGACCAGCUGCUUGUUGCCUGCCACGCCCAGAGUCUCAACUUGUUUGUCGAGAGCUUCCUCAAGAUGGUGCAGCGCCUGCUAGAGUGUCAGAACCCAGACCUCCAGCUGCUCGCCACUCAAUCGUUUGUUAGGUUUGCCAACAUAGAAGAGGACACACCGUCGUAUCAUCGACGCUAUGACUUCUUUGUGUCCAAGUUUUCCUCCCUCUGCCACGACAACAACUCAGAUGUGGAGCUGAGAAAACAGCUGCGUCUAGCAGGACUUCGGGGACUACAAGGAGUGGUGCGGAAGACGGUCAGUGACGAUCUCCAGGUGAACAUCUGGGACGAAACCCACAUGGAGAAGAUUGUGCCUUCGCUGCUGUUCAACAUGCAGGAUGCCAACUUAGAAAAGACAAGAACGCCGUCUGUUCACUCGCAGCAAGAAAGUGGGGAAGGCGGCGGCACUGCCCAGACAAGUGCGCGGGCUUCGGAGACGCCAGAUAGCCCCCAAGUGGAGACACCCGUCACCUUGGCCGAGAACUGCUUCCGAGAAGUCAUGGGGCGAGCCACAUACGGUCACAUUGCAUCUGUCAUCAAGCCAGUCUUGAAGCACCUGGACAACCACCAGCUCUGGGUACCCAACACCUUCUCUGUGUACACAUUCAAGAUCAUCAUGUACUCCAUACAGGCAAGUUACUCGUAUGCGGUGAUCCAAAUCCUGAUGAACCACCUGGAUGAGAUGUACCGAAUUGAAACUGGUGCCAGCACUGCUGACGAGACUGACCAGGACCAGGGCACAGCCAUCUCCAAGGGCCCCAAGGUCCGCACGGGCAUCGUCAAGGUGCUCUUCCACAUUGUCACCAUUGCAGCCGGAGAAAGUGUCGGGCCCUCUGUCCUCGAAGUGUUCCACUCACUGCUGAAUCACCUGCGGCAUUCGAUCACCAUCCGCAGCUCAGACGGGAGUGACAUUGAGGAUGAGCGUGAGUUCCAGGAGGCGGUGAUUGCUACAUUGGGCGAGUUUGCCAACAACUUGCCCGACUACCAGAAGAUCGAGAUCAUGAUGUUCAUUCUGGGCAAGGUGCCCGCACCUCAGGGCCCCGAUGAUGUCUUUGAUGCCCACGACGGCCACGCAGCACCCAGCCUCCAGGACAACUCGGAGGUCUUGCUGCAGCACAUCAUGCUCAAGUCACUUUUCACGGUGGGCCAAAAAUAUCGGCCAGUGCAGCUGAGCCAGGCAUUUCCGACAGCAUUCCUGCAGUCCCUGUUGCGCAUGUCGCUGGCCAGGGAUCCCUCCGUGCGCCUCUUGGUGCAGAACAUCCUUCACACGCUGCUGGACCGGCACCAGAACCUGCCGCAGCUGAGCGUCAUGCCAAACUGCCUGGACCCAGUGGGUGAGCUGCACGUAGAGAAGUGCUCGCGGCAGGACACAGUGUUCAUGAAGAAGAAUGGCCCGGACUUGCUGAGCCACAUCUACGAGAAUGCUCAGCUGCCUAACAACCUGCCUGGAAACUUCCAGGCCCUCUACACAACAUUGGCUCUGCUGUGUGUUGAGCUUGGCAGUGAAGAUGUGCUCAUCGAGCUGCUACGACUCAUGUUUGCCAUACAGGACCUGCCCAGCAGCGGGUUGGUGAGCAUGAGUGGCACCCAUAUGGCAUCCCUGUACGCCCUGGUGGCCGCCUUCAUGUUCCUCGCUGGACAGCUCACCUCCAUUCCUUCUUUAUGCAGUCACGUCACUGAGGUAAUCAAGGUGCGAAGAGAACGUACACCACAGUUGUUGCCCCAGGGCCCACCCCUCACGGGGCCACUGGGCCAGGUACCAGAGCAGGCACUCUUCGACCGUAACGUAGUUGCCGAGGCCCUGCGUAGUACAGGGCAUGACCCUUCGAAGCUGUUUACCCCGUAUGCACCACGUCACUCCAGUGUUCCGGGAGGGGAGGCCAACGUAACGCGGAGCGUGAGCGACCUGAACUCAAACAACAUUGAAGUGGCCAGUGUCAACUCCUCUCCUGGCUUCAUUCGAAAGCAUCCCGAGGAGGAGAUAACGGUGGAGGCCCUGAAGAAGAUGAUGCAGGAGCCGAUGGACACACAACAGGUGGCCGAGGAGCAGCGCUACAAGGUGCUUGAGCGGUUCCGCAGCACACCCUUCCUCGAGCUGCUGUCAAGUGCACAGCAGCACCACCAGGCUAUUGACCUUCAAGGCAAGCUGAAGGAAAUCCUGGGCAAGCUGCCAGGUCCCAUGGCUGGCCAGACUUCUACAGGCAGGCACACUGGCACGACAGCUGGUCAGCAUGCGCUAAAUGCCCAUCUGGCUCAGGAGUCCCACACAGCCCCAGUGUACGAGAUCAACUUCCCUGAGCUUUUUGUCUUCUAGUUCUCAUAUUGAUGGGGGCAUUCUCCCACGUAUGGUGCAAUAAAAGAGUCUGUUUUCUUG